CACAAUUAAUGGGGAUAUAUAUGUAUAACCGUAUUUACCUGGCUAAUAUGAAGCAUUGAUUAGGCCCAUAUCGACAGAACUUCCUCUCAUGAUCAGCAGUUCCAGACCCAGUCUAACCCCUCAGCCGUUACCUGUUAAUUCCGGGUACAUUAAGGACUGUGUACGGGCAGGUAAAUGCCAACAAAUAUGGGGAAUGGAAGUAAUUCAAAGUCUUCGGUGUCGUCGACUUCCCGCCAACAAAGUGUUUCGUCAGUGGUAUGUGAACCCUGUCAGGAACGAGGCCAAGACCGUCCUGGAACUUCGGUUUCCUUCUGUAUUCAGUGCCGUCAGUUUUGUUGCCAAGUUUGCGCAGAAAAUCACCGGAAGUUCAAAGGAACCCAGACCCAUCAGCAUGCACUGUUCUUAACCGGAAGUGGACCUCGUCGACUGAAUACAAACAAUUUCGCAUGCGAAAGAUGCACUUCUACCUCUGGAACGGAUACGCAUAAGGCCGCUGUUGUAUGCCGGGAAUGUAAACAGCUGCUUUGUCAAAGUUGUAGCGUUUUCCAUAACAACGACGUGAAUCAGACGUCACAUACAGUGCUUACUCUGGCAGCGUUUGCUAGAGAACCUGUUUCCGGUGCCAACGACAUCCGGCGCAGACAAAACAACGCAUUGCCCAAAACCGAUGUAAGAAGAAGACAGUUUACGCAUGAUUCUGGAGGUCGCAGUCAAUCUGAAAAUAGACCUGAUAUUACUUCCGGAGGUGGAAGUGGCAUGCUUGUUGCUAGCUAUAGGAAGACAAGUCAGUCAAUAAGUACAACCUAUCGGGGUGAAUUUUCCGUAGGUAUCACAUCUGAUAAACACACAGCUAAAACGUAUGAUAUUUCAACAAUGCUGGACGGUAAAAUAAUUGUAAUUGAUGAUAGAAAUGCCAAAAUGAAAAUAUUUACGCCCGAUCAUAAACUUCAUUCCAGCCUCUCUUUCGCGUACCUACCCGGAAAUGUGACGUGUGUAAAUGAAAACAUGAUUGCCAUGGCGAUGGGUAAUGACAUAUUAUACUUCAAGUUAAAAGCCACGAAACUAUCACAGAUGACGCAUAAAUUGUCACUAAAAGGGGACAUAACCGGUAUUGUCAAGAAUGUAAAUACAUUAGCUGUGACGUAUGAAAUGUUUGGCAAUCGAUCAAAGAUUGGAAUUAUAAAUUCCAACGGAUCCGAAAAGGAACUAAAUAAAUCGGAAGAAAAAUCUAGUACACCAAUGGAAAGAUGGGGUAGAGCAGCAAUAUUUAAAAGUACCCGAGAUGCAUCACUAAAUGUGGUUGUCUUGGAGGACGAUUCAGGAACUCUGGGUUGCUAUGAUACUAAGGGUCAUAGAGCAUGGACGUGUUUGAUACCACAGGCAGGAAGCUGGCAAGGAGGCAUGUCUACAAAGAUGGGUGGGAUUGUCGCUGUGGCAGAUGUAAUAUUGGUCACUGACGUCAUAAACCACGUCAUCCACGUCGUGACGGAACGCGGGGAAUACAGCGGUGUUCUCCUUGACCAGACCGACGGACUUCACAGACCUAACGCCAUCUGUUAUAACAUUAAAGGGAGGUUACUCUAUAUCACACAAUUCAGGAGCGAUGUUGUGAAAGUAUUCAGCAUAAAAUAAUUGCAAUUGAGCCUCGUUUUUACGGAUGAUUAUUUUCUGGACUGAUUGGACGGAAAUUGUAGGUUUCAACAGGGGAAUUAUGAUCUCUGUUCACUUACAAGAUUUAUGUGCUGUUAGGAAACUGUUUUGUUCCGGCAUGCCUUGAGCGUUGAUAAAUCAUUUCUUUAAAGAAAACUAUACCUGGCGGGACUUUUAUGACAAAUA